CAGCAGCAAGUCAGGACUUCCAUUUGUUUUGCAUUCCGCAGCAAUGCAAACCACAGAGCGUUCUGGAGCAAGAAGAAGGUCCAUAUCAACCGAGUGAUGUGUGAAUGAUAUCCAGCGACAAAACUGAAACAAAAAGUGCCACCAGGAAUGAAUGAAGGUACCUACAUCUCUCUCGCAUUUCCAACAACAUAUUGGUCUCUUCCAGAGUCCUAGUGAAUGCCAAAGGAUGAGCCCCCACAACUUGCUGCCUCUCUUUUUGCUCGCCCUUCUUUGGGUGACUGGAGCCCCAUUCCGGAUCUGUGCCUUCAACACUCAGCAUUUUGCCCAAGGAAAGGCAGACAAAGCCGACGUCAUGGACAUUUUUGUCAAGAUUCUGUCUCGUUGUGAUAUCUCCGUCCUACAAGAGGUGAUGGAUGCAAAAGGGAAGGCUGUUCCCGCCUUGUUGGCAGUGCUGAAUAGCUUUGAUAGUUCUGGACAUUAUAAGUACCUCGCCAGUCCUCUACUGGGGCGGAGCAAUUACCAAGAACGCUACGUGUUCAUAUACAGAUCUCUCAGGACUCAGUUGCUAGAUUCCUACACAUACGAGGACAAUCACCCAGACCGACCCGACAUCUUCACAAGGGAGCCGUUUGUUGCCCGCUUUACAGUGCCAAGUAAAGUACUCUCAGAUGUGGUGCUGAUCCCUCAACAUACGAUGCCCUCCAAGGCAGAAACUGAAAUCGAUGCUCUCUAUGAUGUUUUCCUGAAUGUGCGGGAUCGCUGGAACACAGAGGAUAUGAUUUUCCUGGGCGAUUUCAAUGCGGACUGUGGCUUUGUGGCCAAGAAACGCUGGGGGCAAAUCCGGCUGCGACAACAACCUGACUUCCAUUGGCUUAUUGGGGACAAAGCUGAUUCUACGGUUCGGGAAAACACCCGCUGUGCCUAUGACAGGAUUGUGGUGCAUGGAGAUCGUUGCCUGGGUGUGGUCAUCCCUGGAUCAGCUCGGCCAUUUGACUUCCCCAAGGAAUAUGGACUCUCUGAGGCAGAGGCACUGAAGGUCAGUGACCACUAUCCUGUUGAAGUGGAGCUGAACACAGCCUGUCAUAGAUUCCAGCCUGCUGGGGUCAUUCUGCUGGCGUUAGCCAUGUUGUCUGGCUCGGGAUAUGGCAUCUGAAGUUCUGAUCCUAGAGACACACACACUGGCAGUUUUAUUGGUUGCUCAGUGAGAAGGAUUUGUGAAAAAACAUCUUUUUCUGAGCCAACAUGUGGUUUACAAGAAGAAGAAGAAUUUGGAUUUAUACCCCACCUUUCUCUCCUGUAAGGAGACUCAAGGUGGCUUAAAAGCUCCUUUCCUUUCCUCU